AUGAUGACAUCAGCUCCCAAAGUUACUUGGACCAAGGUUACACCAGCCCCUGAUCCCACACAUGGGUCUCCCAUUCCUCGAAGUUCUCAUGGUUUGAGUAUCGUUCAGAAUGGGACUCGUCUCAUCCUUUUAGGAGGUGAACAUGUGGCACGAACCCCGAUUGACGUUUCCAACAGCCAUUGGGCCGCCGAUUUGAUGGACGAUGGCAAGUGGCAAUGGCGCUUGCUGUCACCAGCCGCCACUGGACCCACGGAUCGGAUUGCACAUGCGCAAGCAGUUCACAAGGACUCUUUUGUAUACAUCUUUGGUGGCCGCGCUGGGAUUACCAUGCAAGAAAAGGCCAUGAGCGAUCUCUGGAAAUUAGAUGUUUCGGCAGCACCUGGGACGGAAACAUGGAGUCAAGUUGAAGCUACGAAUGAAGGACCAGAAGCACGGUCAUUUCAUCGCAUGAUCUGCAUUGGUGAUUUUCUGUACAUGUUUGGUGGGUGCACUCCCACUGGACGGGAAAACGACUUGUGGAGAUUUGAUGUACUCGCGAAGAAAUGGGAAAACCUAGGUCGUAGUGCUUUGUUAAGAGGUCGCGGGGGUCCCAAUCUAGUACCCUUGGCAUCUGGAUCCUUGAUGGGAGUUGUAGCUGGUUUUGCCGGCGAGGAAACUGCGGAUGGACACGCUUUUCACAUUGCCAACAAAAAGUGGGAAAAUUCUGGAUUAGAACUCGAGGGCAUGCGACCCCGAAGUGUCUGUGUGGCAGCUUCCUUCCCUUCUGUAGGGAAGUCAAUCGUUUUUGGAGGCGAGGUAGACCCCAGUGAUCGUGGACACAUGGGCGCUGGAGGCUUUGAGAAUGAUAUUGUGAUACUAGACGAAGCGACUGGAAAGUAUGAAACGACCAUCGCUGGUGGGACAUCUUCGGACUGGCCCGCGACUCGUGGUUGGUCCGAUGCAUCAUCGUGCGACAAUGGAAAGGGUCUAGGACAGGUGUUUGUCUUCGGUGGACUAUCAGGAGACGACAAGAAUCCCACGCGAUUGGACGACUUGUGGAUCCUACAAGUCGAGAAAUAG